UCUGGACUUUGGUGGGAGUAGGUGUGUCUUGCUCCGUCUGUCUGUGAUUGUCCACGUGUUUUGUGUGUGUUUUUUUAUUAUUUAUUGUUUGACCGAGGAGACACACAUCUCCGAAUAAACGCUUCUCUUGCGGCAAAGUAAAACCAGUGUUUGUAGUCGUCUACCUGAAAUGUAACAGAAAAUGGGAAGCAGUGAGUGGGAGGGGUUACUGGAGCGUCGCUUGGCGAUACUCCCAGGAUCACGAGACCCGGGGGGCGGCCCUAUACUGGUCAUUCCAUUACCCCAAGACCCGUCAUGUCAUGACGUCGGGAGCAUAUCAGCCACUGUCAAGUACCUGAAAACGAUACCUAGCGUAAGUUCGAGAGAGAGAGGAUGGGUUGUUAUCGUGGACGCUCGCGUGUGCCAUUACCGGCUCGUAAAACCUACCGUGAGCACCAUCAGGGCCACACUGGGUUACAUCAGGCACCUCUUCGUGGUCCGCCCCGAAGGUUUCUGGGACAAGCAGAGGGUCGACUGUAGGAAGAGCGAGGUGGACAAUCAGCCCAUAUACGUGAGCGUGAGCAAACUGACCAAAUACAUGGAGUUGUCGCAGCUUCCGAUAGAACUAGGAGGGACCUUGGAGUACGACCAUCAAGCUUGGUUGAAAACACGAAAGGCGUAUGAAGAAUUCGUGGAUGAGUGCGAGCGCGCUCGGAGGGACCUCGAGAGCCUCCAGGCGGAGCUGCGUCGGGAGGAACCGUGCAGUAGGGCUUCCACGCUCCACGACCUCCUCUCCGUCAAUACCAACACCUACAACACAAUCACCGCCAGACCCGCCCUCAUCUUCAACAUGGGUCAGGAGGUCCUGAAGGUUCUCGAGAUGGACGAGGAGUCAGGGUUUCGGGUGUGCGAAGGGCAAGGGGACGCUGCCGAAGCUGCAUCCAGGGUGAGGGCAAUGUUGCAUGACCUCCACCUGCUGACAACUGCCGUCGAAGCCUGUUGGAGAAGGCUGAACACGGCUUUGGAUACCUACAUGCAGGUUCGAGACCUGGAAUCAGAGAUGAACGACAUAGGGAAGUGGUUGGUCUCGGCUGGACAGACCCUUUUGGCCGAGACCAGUAUCGGCACAACGACGGACCAGGCGGAGGCCUUGCUGAGAGAGCAUGAAGCUAUAGAACUCAAGUGCAGGGAAACCUACGGUAGAUGGGCUGGGCUGAGGUAUCGAGUUGAAGACGCUCUUGACAGGGGUGAUGGAGACCUUAGGGCUCUGGCCGAUCACCGCACCACGACCACAGAUCUCCGUUCUUUGAAGGACUACACAGACACCCUCGUCAGGACCUUCGCGUCGCGUCUCGAUCGGCGUCGCACCCUCAUUCUGGCGUCGGUGAGGUUCCAUCGCAUAGCGCACCAGAUGGGUGAGCGCUGCAGCGUCCUCCUGCAGCAGAACCGCUGGCUCCCUCACACAGACGACGUCGAUACGCUGAAGAAGACACUCAGGGAGCUUACAGCUAGAAAGGAGGCUAUUGAUUACUUAGCCUCGGAGGGCACAAGGGCGGGAGAGAAGCUGCUGGAUCUGCUGACGGUGGGGGUGAAGGACCUCUCGGGAAGGGACGUGUCCCCAGACUACUCGAACGAGCUCAACCACGUGCACGCCUUGCUCACCUCCUUACACGAGCAUUACGCACGUGCGGCACGGCAAGCCGACCUGCAUAAACUCAGGCUCCAGCAGAAUAUUCAGCUUCUCACCUGUCACAGAGAUGUCAAGCAGGCACACAAGUGGUUGAAGGCACUGUUGGAAGCACUCGUAAAAGCGCACUCUCACGUGGGGCGCUCUUCCGAAGAAAUCAGAAGGCUCAAGGCUGAGCACCAGCAUUUCCAGGAGACAGCCGCAGGUACCUUUGAGUACGGAUACGAGUCAGCCAGGGCGGCGCUGCUGGUUGAGAAGUCCGCCGGAGGGAACGUCCUCUCCGAAAGUCGUCGGAUGGUCAGUGAUCUGGAGUUCGUAUGGAAGAUGUUCAUCCAAGGGUCGCAAGAACAGCUCACCAGGCUUAGGGUGGCAGGAGUGUUCUUCAGGACGAUGGAACAGCACUUGGAACGCUUGGACAACCUCUGCGCCGGCCUAGUCGAGAAGAUGAGCGGUCGGCACGUCGGUCAGAACGGGGAAAUGAGGUCCCUUCUGACCGCCAGAGACAGGCUCUUGAGGGAGAUCGGUCGGAAUGUUCGCCUGGGAAAACUCCUGAAGGAGAGGCUGCUGGAUCCGUUGGUUCCUAAUUACAGCGUUAAGGACCACAACGAGAACCUCCUGGCGCAGGAGUCGAUAACGGAACGCAUCCAGCAUAUAACCAACCGGGCUCAGCAACUGGACGACCUCAUGUUCUCUUCGGCGGCGCCCCCUACAGCGCCUCCUACAGCAACCACCACCACCACCACCACCACUUCCGCACCCGAGGGACACUACGCAAGAAUUGAGGGCGACCAAGAGAGUGGAAGCGAAUACUGGACGUGUUCGGACUGCACUUGUACUUCAACAGGCACCUUUUACACCUGUCCAGAAUGCCGAAGCCUUCAGGAUCUCUUCGUCUUCGAUGACACUCGUCCGCCUUCAGAAGAGGAACUCCCUCUUGACGAAAUAUUGAGGAGGAGGUCAAGGUCAAGGAGCAAGUCAGGGUCGAAAGGAAGAGAUGGAGUCUCCAAAAGUCGACGAUCGAGGUCCCGAAGUCGAUCCUCCUCUAAGGGCCCCGAUGAAAAAGAACCCCGCACGAAGACGAAAACUUCGACGCUUCCGAAACGCCGUCGGGAUGCUCCGCAGGACCAUCCCGAUGCCAUCGAGCGGGCCAGGUCAAGGUCGCGGUCCAGGUCAAAGUCCCUGACUCGAGAAAUUGUAGCAUCUUUCAAGGAGUUCAGGGAUAAGGUCACAAGAGGAAGGUCGCGGUCGAAAUCAGGCGAACGGAAAGCAACAGAGGCAGAACGAGAAAAGGAGAAAGAGGCUGCAAAGGGAGAGGACAAGGCCGAGGAAGAACCUUCUGAUCGUCACCCUCCUCCUCCCCCUCCCCCAUCGGAGGGGACAGGCCGCCCUGUCAAUUUAGGAAAUGGCGACGUACGAAUUCCUAUUCACAUUCACGUGGAUGCUCGGGAUGGCAGUAUCGCGACGCCAGAGAAACAGGAGAAAUGGAAGGAAGUUUCCUCCGAAAAGGUGACGACGCGCCUGGUCUUUCAUGGAGGCGACGGCCAAGGAGACAGAACGCUUACCUUAGAGCAGAUCACGUCCCUGAGGGCGCCAGAGAGUGGCACCUCAACGGAUAUAGCCAAAGACACCGUGAGGUGGAAAGUUCCACCUCGUAGUUCCGCUGCUGACUCAGCUGUGCUGCAAACUUCUCCUUCUGUACAGUCCCAAAACUUAGGCACUGCUCCUCCAGUUUCUCCUACUGUGUCAACUGAUUCUUCAAACAUUGCUCAAAAAUCAGUAACUAAAUCUCCUCUCAGUGUGUCGAUUGAGAGAGUUCCAUCAGUAGAGCGUUUAGUAUUGGGAUCUCCCACAAGCACACUUGUUGCAGCUGCCUCUCCUGCGGCUAUGGAUUUGUUGAUGGAAUCUGUAAAAAGAGGACCGCUUGAAGCACUGAGCAAUUUGAUUUCUCCAGUCGUUGCUGACCCAUCUGCAUUGCUGUCAGGUGCUGAAGCAUCAAAAAGACCUCUCUUUGGAAAAUUGGAACACAGCACUUUAGCCACCCAGAGGUUUCUCCCAGAAACUUCUGCUACAAGUAAAAGUUCUGAACCUGCAAAAGACCCUGCCAGUUUAUCUCAUCCUGUUGAACAGUCAUCUAUGGCAGAUAAUUAUCAAAAGGGAAAAGUAGAGGAGAUUGUUAUGGAAGACACAUUUCAGCGUGAUGAGAAAUGGCCUUUGCCACCCAGCGAACCAGACAUUCCUGGACUAUUUGAGCAACAGCCUUCAAGUGUUCACGAUUUGCAGAAACUUUCAAGUUCUCUUGAAGAUUUGCCUCUCCCUCCUCCCCCUAGACCUCCUACUCCAACCUUAAUUGACAUACCUGAAAUACCUCCUCCCCGCCCACCUGAACCUGUAGAGGCCCUUAGUGACAUUCAGAAUAACAACUAUUUAGGCAUACAGGACCCAACCUUACCCCGACCCUUCCAACCUCUUGUGCAUGAAGUAGCACCACCUCGUCCUUCUCUUCCUGCCAUGAGUGAGGUUUAUGAAGACAUGUAUGAGCAUGCACCUCCUCCAAGACCCGAUCCUCCAAGUGACGACGCUGAUGAUGAGAGGGAACCAACACCUCCUAGGCCAGAACCUCCUCUGGAGUAUGCAUUCCCCUUCCUCCCACGUCCUCUUUUGCCCACUAUUCGUGAGACUUCACCGGCGCCACGUGAGGGCUCUCCUCCAGUAAGAGAAAUUAAAACUGAAAUAAAUAUGAAAAAACCGCCCCAUCCCAGGCAAAAACGUUCUGUAAUAAAAAGUUUUACUCCUCCCAGACCCACUGAGGCAGAUAUGACCGACUUGCCAACACCAACGAUGCCCACUCCUCAAGAAGUUGUCGAAGUGGUGGAAGAAGCGGAGAUGUUAGCCCCUGUUGAACCCGUCCCAGUGCCCUCCUCUCCUUCAGAUCAUCCUUGUACUUCCACCUCUCCUGAGAAAUCUGGGACUCAAGAGGAGUCUGAUGAUGGCGCAGCAGAUGUUCCUCCUAGUCCUCCCCCACCAGAACCGAUGGCUUCAGAACCAGUUGUUCCAGAGCCGCCAGAGCCAGAACCAGUUGCACCACAAGAGACUGAAGAACCCGUCCCGGAGCCAUUAUCUGCAGGACCCUCAGGACUGCCACCACGAAUCCCACCGCAGCAGAAGCCAGACGAAGAUGAUCUCAUAAGGAAAAUGAAAAAGCCAUGGAGGCGAGCAUCUGGAGGUGUUGACGAAACCACUCAAAUCGAACCGACACUUCUGCAAGAUCAGCUUCAGCAGCAGUCCAUAGACGACACCAUGUCUGACACGGGAGGAGGAGGAGGAGGUGGGUCAGCCACAUCGCCCACGCCGCCCGGAAUGUCUGACAGCGAGGGCGGCGUCGUCGGACGCACCACCUCGGCGUCGGGCAUGUCACGGACGUCCGGCACGAGCAGGACCUCUCUGACCUCUUCUGCCCCGACGACCACCAUCAGCACCAUCGCCGUCCAGUCGGGCAAUACCCGGAUUGUCAUCGCCCUCCUUCAGAGUGCCGAAUGGCUCGAGCUAAGAGUAGUAGAGUUGACUCCGGGGAUGGUGUACCUGGGUGCCACCCUGGAGGAGGCACUGCAGCUACAGCAGGCACACGAGGAAGUCCUUACAAAGCUCCAGAGCAAGCAGAGCCCAGUGGAAGACCUCCUGAACCAAGCCGACCAGCUGAUCUCAACGCAGCGACCCAGAGCCGAAGUGUACGCGGCCAUGGCCGAGUCUCUGGGUCUCGCCUGGAAGGAUCUCAACAGCCAGCUGGAGACCAGAAAGGAAAUUCUGGACAUGGGCGUGGCGUUCCACUCGAAGGCACGACAAUACAGCGACUGCAUGGACGCUGCCGAGAGGGCGUACACUGACAACGUGAUGCCCAACGACGCCGAGGGGGCACGUCAACUCCUCUCAGCUUUGCACGACCACAAGCGGGCCAUCCUCGAAGCCUCCAUGUACACCCUGCAGGAGGCGCAGGCCCUUUUAGCCAGGCUUAGGGGCAUGGCAGCCGAGGGCGCUACCCUUGAUUCAAGACCCCUUCAGAUUAAGACCAACAUAGAAUUCUCCUGCUCCCAAAUCGAACACUAUCUCGAGUCUCUCCAUGACCGAAGGCGGUUCUUGGAUGGACUCUUCUCCGCUAGAAAGCAUCACCUGGAACAGUUGGCACUCUGCCUUUUGUAUCAGGACCUGACUGAAGCCGUAACGGCCUUGAAGCAGCUUCGUGACGAGGUGUCCGAGCAACAGGGCUUGGGAGAGUCACAGGGCAACUCCGAAAUCUUGCUGCAUGAACACAUGAAGAGGCAGGCGACGGCGAAGGAAAUUCAAGACAAGUGCAUCAUGCACUUGAAGAAAGCCGAGAAGAUGGCGUCGAGCGGCCAUUACGCCGGCCUAGAGGCCAGAUCCAGGGCUUAUUCGGUCCUGGAGGCCGCCACGGCCCUCCACGAGACCUGUGACACGCGCAAGGCUCUGCUGAAUCAGUCCAUCUUGUUCUUCAAGUUAGCUCAAACGGCCCUUACCAAGUUAGAUCAGGCUGAGGUGCAGGUAGCAGGUCUGAGCGGCGAGGGUGCUCAGAGGCUCUCAAUGGUGAUCGGCGUAGUAGAGGAAGCCAUCCAGCCCGCGCUGGCUGAAGGAUACGCCAUCCUGGAAGUCACCGGCGGGAAGAACCAGCCGCAUAAUAUGGGUAUCUCUCUCAUGGUGGAGGAACUUGAACGUCGUCGAAGCCAUCUGUCCUCCGUUUGCGUAACAUCCACGGAGCAAGUCCUCCAACGCACAGAACUCUCUAAUGCCUUCCUGGAACGAUACAACACGAUCGAUUCAUGGUUGGUGCGAAUUGGUGAUGCCUUCCUCCAGGGUCAUCAGGAUCCUGGAGGUUCUCUCAGUCUGGCCAGAGACUUUCUCCAUCUUCACCAGACUCUUAAUCAUGACGUUAUGGAGAAGAAGGCCGAAAUUGACUCUUUGGCUGCUUUCUUAGAAACCCUCGCACCCGACUUGUCCCCUGAAGAUGCCAACAGCUUCCGAGACAAGAUGCAACAACUCAUCGACCACUGGUCGGCCCUCAAGAAGUUGCUCGAUAUCAGAAUCGAAAUCGCUGAGAAGUAUGUGAAAUUCCACGAAGACGCCGAGCGCGUCAACAACGAGCACGAGGCUUUCGAGUUACUGCUCAAGGAGGCCAAGGGAGAGGACCGCCGCGAUGAGGUGGAAGCCAAGUGGGAGCAGCUGCAGAAGCUGUACCUCGACUUGUGCAACAGCGGCAAGUCUUUCUGUCAAGAUGUCAAGAACGCGGAGGACCCCUACUUAGACGCCAACAGGGCCAUCCUCUGCGUGGAGAACAUACUCGAACAGCUGGGCAAGAGGCGACUCGUCAUCACAGAUCUCCAUUCGCACUUCCACAUGAAGAUUACAACGACCAAAGAAAUGAUCACUUUGUGGAAUACCUACAGGGAAAAUGUUAAAAAGAUGCAACUUGAAAUGUCCAAGUUAGAGAUCGACUUCUGCCCGCUCUUGAGAGGAAAUCCAGCGGAUCCAGAAGGAAUGGCCUCCGACUUGGAGGGAAGACUCGGUGCUUACGUAUCUACUGUCAAGAAAGCACAAGAAGAAAUUCAGAAUAUGAUGACUAGGGCCGAGGUUAUGUCAUACAAAGGGGAUCAAGAGAGCGCCCGCGACGAAGUCAUCAGCUCGCUGUUACAACUUUAUCAGAAUUUGCAGAACAAGGCAACGGAAUACCAAAUCCUCGGUUACAUGUUAGUGCAGUGGUGCAGAAAUAUUGCUGAGAUUCAUCGCUCUUGUGACAAGAUUGAGUCUCAGUUUGGUGCUGUGAGUUUCGACCUCGGAGGAGUCGAGGGCCAGAUAAGAGAACACGAAGCCUCCAAGCAGGCUGUUCUUGAACUGCUCAAAUUUGCUCAAAACGAAGCUGCUUCUAUCGUCAAUAAAAUCAGGGAACAGUGUCCUCCCGAAGCAGGUGCUCAAGACAUCGCCCUCAUAGAGGAGAUGCUGCAGAGGAGAGGUAGGACAUUCGAGACCGCGUGGACGGAGCAUCAACAUUUGCUGGAGAGACAGUUGAAGCGGUCACAGUACCACGUCGAUCUCCAGGUGAUAAGUGACCAGCUACGUGACCUUAGUGAACAGCUUGCCCGUAUGCGAGGUCACUACGGCGAUUCCCUUGGUGCUGCAAGAAACAUGCAAACUGCUUUCAAGCAGUUCCAAUUCACUGUGGAAAUGCUGGAGAGACGCAUUCAGACUUUCGUGAGCACAACCGUCAAAAUGCUCGGGCCAGAGGAUGACUCCGGAGAGAUACAGCAGGAACUGGCCGAGCUGGAGAAGAAAUGGUCAACAUUCCAGAUGCAAGUUGGCCAAUCUCAGAAGUCCAUUGAGCUCUCCAUUGACUUCUAUAAGUUGGUAGAAGAGGCUGAAGAUUGGUUCAAGCAAGGCAGCAAGCUCUUGGUGGAAGUAGCUGGGGACUCUGCUAGCAUUCAGACUCCCGAACAAGCUGAGAAUUUGAGAUCCAGAAUUGAAGUCUUUUUGGAGCCGGGAAGGCAAGAGCAAGAGGGAAGAAUUACAAAAAUUACCUCCUUGGCAACUCAGCUGUAUGGCGACGCAGCACCGAAGCAGAUUGAAGUGGUUUCUCAUCAGAACACUCAUAUGAUUAAUAGUUUCACCGUUAUCAUUCGGAACUUAACCAUGAUGGUGGAGAACCUCAGAACUGCUGAAGAACACAGAGAAAAACAGAAAAAGGAAAAGGAAGAGCUGGCAGCAUCGUUAGCAGCUGCGCAAGCAGAAGCAGAAGUUGCCAGAUUGGCAGCAGCUGCAGCUGAAGAGGCUAAGAAAGCUGCUGAAGAAGUUGCAAGAACCAUGGCCAUCCCUGUUGAACCUAUUGUUCCUCAGAGGGUCGAGAUAGAGAUCCAAACAGAGGCUAUACCUUUACCUGACGAAGAACCACCACCUAAACAGGAGGAUGUUCCUCCUCCAAAGAAACAAAAGCUGAUCGAUGAAGACCCUCAGCCCAUGGCUCCUGUGUUCAUGACACCUCUGGUGGGAGCGACUGUUACUGAAGGUGUCAAGUUCAGUUUUGAAUGCAGGGUGAUUGGCUUUCCCAUGCCUGAAGUUGAAUGGUUGAAAGAUAACAUGAGUAUUACAGCCAACCCUGAUUAUAAGACGACGUUUGAUGAAGGAGUUUGCACCCUGACUAUUGAAGAAACCUUCACAGAAGACACAGCACUUUUCACUUGUAAAGCAGUGAAUGGUGCCGGCAUGGCACAGACAUCUGCCACACUCACUGUCAAAGAAGCUGAAAUUGUCGAAGUUAUGGCUCCUCCCAACUUCACCAAAAAGCUGGUGGAUUGUACAGCACAGGAGGGUACGUCUUACCAAUUGGAAGCCACUGUUGAAGGAAAUCCCUUGCCCGUGGUGUCCUGGGCUAAGGAUGGGACGUGCGUUGAUGAGUCUCCCGAUUAUGUCAUCACAUACAAUAAUGGUGAUUGUGUACUGAGGUUUGAAGAAGUAUUCCUGGAAGAUCAGGCAGAAUACUCAUGCAAAGCAACAAAUGACCUUGGUGAAGAUCUCACGAAAGCCAAACUGUCAGUUGCUGCUGUGGAGUUAUCCGAACGUCCAAAGUUCACAAUGACACUGAGCAAUGUCAUGGCAAGGGCUGGUCAAAAGUUCAAAUUAGAGUGCCACGUUACUGGUACGCCAACCCCUACAGUGGCUUGGUUCCACAACAGUAAACCUGUCAAAGAAACCCCUGACUGCAAGAUUGCCUUUGAUGGUCAAGUAGCAACGUUGGUGAUGUCUGAGGCUUUCCCCAAAAAUGCUGGCGUGUAUACUGUCGUUGCGAAGAACUCUGCUGGAGAAGCCCAGUGCUCAGCCAAUGUAUCCGUCAAAGGUCGUAUUCCAACUGAAACAAGCGACUCAGAAGUUACAUCGGAUAUUGAUGUAGAACCGGUCAAACCAACAAUACAGUUGGCACUGAAAGACACCUCAGUUAAGGAGGGCAAGAGUGCCAGACUAGACUGCGUCAUAGUUGGCCAGCCAGAACCAGAGGUCAUAUGGUACCAUGAUGAUACACCAGUCAAGGAAUCUAAUGACUUCAAGUUACUUUUCCACGGGGAUCGUUGUUCACUCAUCAUUCAAGAGGCUUUCCUGGAAGAUUCUGGAAUCUACAGAGUUGUUGCCAUGAAUUCAGCCGGAGAAGCUUCCACGGCCUGCUUUUUGAAUGUUGAGCCCGAGCCAGAGAUGACACCCCCACCAGUGAGCGCCCCAGCAGUUGCUCCACGUUUCUCAGAGCUGAUGACGGACAGCCAUGUAACUGAGGGACAGACUGUGAUUCUAAAGGCCACCGUUACUGGUGAGCCCAAACCAACCAUUGCUUGGUUCAGAGAAGGUCUUCCACUGAUUCCAGAUAAUGAAUUGCAGAUCCACGAGGAUGCCGAUGGUCACGUGACUGCCGAGAUUCGUUCCGCAACACUGGACCACACUGGGCAAUAUGAAAUCGUUGCUUCAAACUGUGCGGGAACUGCUAAAUGUGUUGCAUAUCUUAGUAUUGAGCCAAGGUUGCCGACGCCUUCACCUGUAGUAACUGGGCCUCAGGAGCCUCCUGUGUUUACUAGAACCCUGUUGGAUGCAUCUGUUCCAGCAGGAAGUGGUGUCAAGUUUGAGGCUGAGGUCACAGGGCAACCUGUGCCCACGGUACACUGGACACUGAAUGACAGCCUUAUCACGGGACAGGAGUACUUCCGUGGGCAGCUCCAGUACGUUUUAGGCAGUCGAGGAGGAUGUCACACCCUGCAGCUUCCCACGACGACGAAGCUGCAAGGUGGAAGGAUUGCCAUCGUUGCCGAGAAUCCAGUUGGCAAGGCCGUCUCCGCUGCCAACCUUACCAUACUUGAGCCAGCUUCAGUAGCAGCUAAGCGCGCCCUUCCUGAACAACCCCAGCAGCAGAUAGACCAGCAGCAGAAACAGCCACCAGCCAUGUUACGAAAGGAAAGCCAUGUCACCACGACAUCCUCCUCCUCUUCUUCCUUCAUGCAGCAGAGCACGUUUAUGGAGACUAGUCACGUGACUAAAAUUGUGACGUCAGAUGGAGUGGCAGACGAAAAACGCCAAAGCAUGUCUGCCUCCUCAUCCUCUCAGGUGAAGAAAGCCAGCCAACCUACAUUGGAGGUCCAUGGCUCACAUCUUCAGGAAGUGAGACAGGAGGGAGGAGCUCCAGCAAUGAUUAGUGAUAAGGUGACUUUGUCAAGAAUGGAGGGUGACAAAAUCACACAACAAAUCGCUCAGGAUUCUUCUGCCAAUUAUGCCACCGCUUUGCCACCAGUCAAGAAGAUUGUUGUGGGCAAGAAGAAGCUCAGUCCUGCCAGAUUUAUUGUUCCACUUCAGGGAGUAAUUGCCAACGAUGGAGAUCGUGUUGUACUUGAAUGUACUAUUGAUGGUCACCCUGAUCCAACGGUAAGCUGGUCUCAUAAUGGAGGACCUGUAAGUGAGACAGCCGAGACCAAGACGAAGCUUAACAAAGCUACCUUAACCCUGCCUAAUGUAAAUCAGAGCCAGAGUGGACAUUACACUUGUGUGAUUAAAAAUGACGCUGGCAUGGCACAAUGCACUUGUGAUGUUAUUAUUAAAAAGACACAGUUCCCUCCUGUGAUAUCUAAGCGACUUCAACCUGCUAUUGUGAGUGUAGGAGAGCGCCUACACUUAGAAAUAGAUGUUACAGGAACCCCACCUCCUGAGGUUACCUGGACCAGGGAUGGCAUGCCCAUCAGUCCGAGUGAUCACUUUGCCAUCAGGUCUGAGGGAACAAGACACAUACUGGUUAUCCAACAAGCGACAUCAGAGGACUCGGGUCGCUACAGUGCCAUAGCUUCAAAUUCUGCUGGUCGAGCUGAAUCAUUAGCCGACGUUAGAGUAAUGCAGGUGGUUAAGGAGUCGCCUACAACAAGCACACAUACGAUCAUUUUUACAGACACUGUUGACGAGUCAAAGAGCAUAUCCGAAACUAUCGAAGAGGGACAUGCGAAAACUGUAAAGCGAGCUAUAGAGGAGGUCACAGUAGAGGCACCAACUAUCCCAUCCCCUACAAAAAUGCUUAAACCCACACCCAAACCUAUUCCCUGUCCCCUUCCAACCCCUCCUAACUACCAAGCUAAUAGUCCUGAACCUUUACAUGAGGUAGAGGAAGAAGUUAAAAGACCUCCUGGAAAAUUGAAAGCAGCUUGGCCACCCUUGCCAUCAGAAGAUGAAGAGAUGGUAAAAAUUGAACCAAGUGUAGAAAUUACCUCAAGAAAUGUAUCAUCAAUUAUAGCAUCUUUCUCAACUACAGUUGAUGAAGUUCCACUUAGUGUUGUAAGCCCACAUGCGCCAAAAGCACCUUCAAAACCAAGGCCAAAAUCAUUCCCAUUGCCAAUGCAAGAAGUUGGAUCAGUUAUUCAACUUCAACCUGAACCUGAGCCUGAAUACGGGUACAUCUCUCCUACAGAACUUGAAAAUUUGCCACAGCAACCUUUGCCUUUAGAGGUUCACGCACAGUCUCCAGAAUUUGUUCUUGCUCCAGAACACCCUAUUGAGUCUGUAUCUGAACGAGAAUCCUCCCCAGAAUAUGUUCUUGCCCCUGAGCCAGCCAUGGAAGUUAAUGUACAGCAGCAGUCUGAUUUUGUGAGUUUUGUAAAGCAAGAGAAUAGGAAAGCAGUGACAUCUGUUUUUGAGCUGUCAACUGUUUUAUCCCCUAUUCCUGAGGUAGUUUCUGAACCUGCUCAGACACCAGUUCCGGAGGUAGAGCCAAUGAGAGGUCUGUCUCCUGAACCUGUUAGCAUAACACCAGUUGCAGAGGCAGAGCUAGCAAUAGUUCAUUCUCCUGAUCCUGUUAGUAUAACACCAGUUCCAGAAGCAGAGCCAGUAAAAGCUCCAUCUCCUGAACCUUAUAGUGAGCCGCAAAUCUCAGAUACAGAACUCCCAAAAGUUCCAACUCCUGAACUUGUUAGAGACACACUGAUUACAGAAAUUGAGGCUCCAAAAGAGACAGUUUAUGAGCCUACUAUAGAAUUGCCAAUUCUAGACACAGAUUCAAAUAGAGUUCCAACUCCAGAGGUCAUUAGGCAAACCACACCUGAGCCUCCAAGUAUAUCUACAGCUGAAGUAAUGUUCCCAGUGCAUGAGCCACAGGUUGCUUCAGUGGAAACAUCUGAAGUAAUCAUUGAUGAACCAGAGCUACCUUUGCAGACUGGUAGAACAGAGGUUAGUGAUGCACCUCAUAAACCACUUGAUAUUUCCAUUGUUGAAAAUUAUGAACAUUCGCCAGCGCUACAGGUAGAACAUGAUGAAUAUAAGUCAAAUGUUAAAAGAGAAUUCGCAACUGAAAGUGUUUUGAAGGAGUCAACCAUUGUUGAGUCCAAAAAGUCUUUUUCAAAGUCUUCUUUUACUACUGUUGAAACAAAUGUUUACACAACUGGCAUUUCAAGUCCACUACUUCAAGACUCUGCUGUUGAUUCCAGUUCAGUUCAAGAUGGAAUCACAGUGCAGCAACCUGCAAUUGAAGUUGUUCAGUCUGAACCAGAACCUGUAUUACCCAUUAAAGAGGUACUUGAACCCGACAUUACACCAGAACAUGGCCAGGAAACUGUAAUUGGAGUUCCCUAUAGCUCUGAAACAUACUUUUAUGAAGAUCAAGCUCCUCAUGUAAAGUCACCAGAAAUUCAGAGAUACAGUCCUGAACCUAUAGCUCCUGAAAUUGAUGAUCAUCCUCCAGUAUUUGGAACACAGAUUCAAGACUAUGUGAAAUCUGGUGAACUGGCUUCUGUGUCAGACCCAGUACCUGAAUCCAACACAUAUCCUGAUGUACUAGUUGAGGUCAGCGAUGAGCCAAAAUUAAGUACAGAAGAGCAACCACAGUAUGCAAGUUAUGGAGGUACUAUAGGCAGUAUGCAGCAGGCCUCUUUUGCUUCAAGUACUUCAUCUAGUCAGAUGUCCUCUUUCUCCUCUAUGAGUAAUCAAAUGCAAACCAUGUUUGUUACAUCUUCUGAUGUGAAGACUAAGGUUUUCUCUGAUAUAUAUCCACAGCAACCUAUUCCUGAACCAGCUUUGCAAAUUCUUCAUGAACCAGCUCCACAGGUUGUACCUGAGCAAGCCCCACAACCUCAGCCAUAUUCUGUCCCAUUGAAAUCAGAACGGCAACCACUUGAACCUCUUAUUAUUCCACCACCCAAACUACCAGAGAGGGCAAGCACUGAAGAACCUGUUAGACCACCAAAACAUCCUGAUCGCGAUGAAGCCAAAGAGCAGAAGAAACCAAAAAAGAAACGUGAAAGUGUGAUUCAGCUGGCAAAACGACUAGAAGAAUCCAUCAUUCCCAUGUCUCCGGAUGAAGUACCUGGGGGUAUUAGAAUGUUUCCUAGCCCAAAACAACCUUCAACCCCUGUUAGGGAAACCCCAACACCAACCCGGGAAUCUGCAUCCGGUCAGGUAACAUCUGCCAGUGAAGAUGAAGGUCCUUCAGGAUUUAAGACUGAAAGGUUUCCAGAUCUUGAGCCUUUUCCUUUUGUUAUUGAAGAAAGACCAAGAAGAGAGCGCCCUAGAAGCAUGCCACCCCCUGCCCCUAAAAAGUUUAUACCUGGUAGUUACACAGACAGUGAAUAUGAAAGUGACAUGGAACUAGAUCAGAGACUGAAUUUAAAGAAGCUGAAAUUUGAGGCUCCUGUAGAUUAUCAGCCUGAACCACUCCUGAAAGAAUUAACUAAACCGCUAAUACCAAAACCACAGCCUGUAUCAGCAGCUGUACCUGAACCACAACCUCCUAAACCUCGCCCACUAUCUUUGGGUCAAGAACCUUUUCUACCAUUUGCUGUUAGUCAACCACCAGUCUUUGAUGGCAGCAUGAGACCUGAUGUUCUCAAGAAAGAAGAGGAUGUGAAAGAGGUACCAAAGUCUGUAACACCUAAGAAAAAGUCAAAAUUGGUUGAGAAAUUUUUAGAGGUAUCAGGAGUAACUGAAGAGGAAACAGUUGUGAAAGUGACCGCAAAGAAAACAAAGAAGGAAGUUAUAACACCUCCUAAACCUGUACCUCUUGGAGGCAGUUCUGUCCCAUCUACAGGCACAGCUCCUGUUGUGCCUGUUUUAGAACAACCAAUGCCUCAGCCUCCCCCAGUUCAACAAUCUGAUACCUCUAAAGUUCUGAUGGAAAGGCCAAAAUCUGAGCCUCCUAAAACUGAAAAACCAAAAGCAAAGGAAAUUAAAGCUGAAAGGCCACCACCAAAGCCAAUGGUUGACAUUGACACAAGGCAAGGAAUAAAACCUAGUAAGAUAGCAAAACUUUUACCAUCACCAGAAUCAGAAAUGGGACCAUCUGUGAAACAGGCUUCAAGGAGUUCCUUUACUGAAAGUAAGACUCAGAUGUCAUCUGUAAGUUAUCAUAAAACAGAAUCUACACUUACAAGUACACAUAUCCAAACUUCAGGAGGUUCUGUAGUGAUUCCUAAACCAGAGCCAGCGCCUAUCUUUAGUCAUGUACCACAGGUUCCAGUGUGUCCAGAAGUGACUGUAGCUCCAUGUAUACAAGAACCUGAGCCUACUCCUGUGCAGAUAUUACAGCCUGAACCUGCUCCUGUUUAUGUUCAACAACCUGAGCCUGUUCCUGUCUCUAUUCCAGAGUCUAUUCCUGUCUGUAUUCCUGAGCCUACUCCUAUCUGUAUUCCUGAGCCUACACCUGUCAAUAUUCCUGAGCCUGCUCCUAUCUCAUUUGUAGAACCAGAACCUAUCUGUACUCUGGAGCCUGAACCAGAGCCUAUCUAUGUUCUAGAACCUGAACCAGAGCCUGCCCUCAUCUAUAGCCCAGAACCCGAAUCAAUUGUUCAUAUUCCAGAACCUGAACUCACUCCUGUUUAUGUUCCUGAUGUGCAAGAAACUCUUACAAGUAUUCCAGAGCCACAAUCUGAACCUGUAUAUGCUGCUGAGUCUGAACCUGUAUAUACCAUAGAACCAGAACCUGCUCCUGUUCUUAUUCCAGAGCCAGAGCCUGUUUAUAUGACAGCACCAGACUCUUGUGUUGUAACAGAAAAAGAGCCUGAGCCAUCUCAUCCAGUGCCUGAACCUGUUAUCUCACCUCCAAUAACAUUAGAACCAAUUCCUCGCCAUGCUCCUUCUCCAUCUCCUGCUCCAGGCUUCAGAUCUGUGAGAGCUCCUACUCCAAAACGAGGCCAGACACCUGCCAAAUCUACUCCAGCACCACCCCCACCUUUUGACAUGGUUCCUAUAAAACUGGAACCUCCAGUAAUCCAAACAGUUACAGCAAAGCCACAGCCCGAACCAGUAGUAGAUACAGAACCUGAAGUAAAGCCUGAAGCAGAACCAAUUAAAAAAGAGGAAAAGAAACCAACUAAAUCAAGUUUCAAGCCAGUGAAAGUCCCAGCUGGGGGUAAAAUGCUACCUGUAUGGCCACCACAGUUACAUGAAGAACCUCCUAAGAUCAAUUUGAAAACACGGGCACACUCUUUAGAGCGCCCUCCAGUAACAGAGGCACCACAAGUAGCUGUUAGAUCACAUGAGGCCCCACCUUCCAUUUAUUGGUCUAGUAAUGUUACUAUCCAAGAAAAGAGAAAAACAUGGCCACAGCAAGUACCUCAGGCUCAAACUGUAACAUCUGCUAGUAGAUAUGAAACCAUAUCUAAAUCCUCCAUGGAAGAGUCUAAAAUGUCAAAGUUUUCUUCUGAGUCUUUAAUUAAAAAGGAAGUAAAAACUAAGUCUUCUGUGGCAGGAACAACUUUAGCUCCAGCAAAGCAGAGUUCCCAGGUACACUCUCCCAUAGUGUCCCCAAUAUUUACAAAACAAGUGGUAUCUCCUGUAGCUUCUCCAAUAUUAAUGAAACAAGUGCCUUCAACAGUAGUUUCUCCAGCAUUAACAAAGCAAGAAGUUCCUGUUAUUGCUGCUUCUCCUGUAGUUUCUCCUCCAGUACCAAGACAGGUCACUUCUGAUGUCAUUACAUCUCCUGUACUUUCUCCCCCAUUAAAAUUACCAGAUCCCCCAGAUCUUUCAAUUGCUGCUAUGUUUGAUAUAAAGCCAAAACCAAAGGAAAACAUUGCAGUUUAUCUUCCCAUUCAUAAAGUACCAAAGAUAGAGCCAAAGAAAGGUAAAGAUGCAGCUGAUAAAUCUACAGUUCAGCUUAAAGAAGGCACUGUUAUAUCAACAGUUAUACCAAUGCCUCCCUUAGAACCAUUCCCAUUCGCAGUAGAAAAAGAUAAGGGAAAACGUCCAAGAGGUAGAGCUCCUUCAAUGCCCAGAAGAUUUGUUCCCAGUUCAUUUACCGAAAGUGAAUAUGAAAGUGACCUCGAAUCAGCACCAAGCCCUGUAUCUAGGUUGUAUAUGAGUGACAGUGAAACCUUUGGUUACAAGCCCUUGAAUAUUAGAAUGAAAAGGGGAAGAUCCAUGCAACCAAGGAUUCCCUCUCCACCUAAGCCAUCUACUUUAGGACUGCCAGAACCCUUUGAUGAAACAUUGUCGUAUGCCAAUGCUAUAUUUCCAGAACUUGAAACUGGAAAGCAGUCCAAAAUGAGUCAAAGUAAACACAUUAUUCAAACUGUUAAGUCUUUAGCCAAACAAAUCACACCAGAAAGCAAAUUAGGGACUCAGAGAGUGACAGCAAAACCUUUGACCCCUCAGGCUCCAAUUGUCCCACCUCCAGCCAUUCCAAAAGUAGCUCCUGUUACAAUUCAAAUGCCUAUCCCUUCAGCAGUUCCAGCUGCUGAGUAUAUGCCAUCACUAGGCUUGGUACAAAAGUCAUUCAUGCAGACUGAAGAAUCAGAAAGUUCCACUAUCCAAACUACUCAAACUGUAGCUCAAACUGAAAAAGGAGUAAAGAACAUUAUGAAAAAAUUUGAAGGAAGUGGUCCAGCUCCAUUGCCACAAAAGGUCUUUGUCCCUAACCAGCCUCCUGCAGCCACAGCACAAAGCAGUAAUAUUACUAGUGCUGUAGUUUCUGCAAAAACAGCCCCUAUCACACCAGGAAUGGAUGGAAUGGAAGAUAGUACAAGUUCUGGAAGUUUAAAGAAGAAGCCAGCAUCACCCAAAUCCAGAAAAAAGACAGAAAGUACCCAGAUGACAGCUUUAGAGCAAGAGGAAAGUGGUUAUGUGGCAGACACAGAAGGUACACUUCCUCGAAGACAGGCAAAGACUACUCAGUCCUCUACAUCUAGUUCAUCAUUCUCCAAAAGUGAAUCUUUCAUGUCAGCAUCAUUUUCGAAAAGUGAAAGCAGAAGUUUCUCCAAUACAGAGUUUGGACAAGUACCAACAUCUGUUUUCACUUCUGUUGGUGGACUGGCCCCAAAUGGAAACUUCCCACCCACAUCCUUCACUAUCCCUACUGCCUCAGCCUCAACAGUAGGCCAAACCUCGCACUUCUCCAGUUCAUUCAAGUCAACAGAAAGUAAAUCUUCCCAGAUGUUUACUAGCAGGUCAGAAGAGAUCCACGAGGAGAAACGAAGUGAGCAUGGACCAAAAGCCCCAAAAGCUUCUCCUCCUCCUCCUCCUCCUCCUCCUUUUGAAGAAAAAAGACCAAAAUUUGAAGAAUUUAGAAGAGAUACUUAUGGUCAGCCUGGAUCUCAUGGACCUUUUUCAGAAGAUACCUACUAUGCUAUGAGGGAUGAAAGUGAUACAUCAACUGGAGGCACAAGAACUCAGAAAAAAGUAGAAGUAAAGAGUGAAACUCAUGUACAAGUCAUGUCAGAUAAAAAAGUAGAGGUUUUUGAAAGUACAAGCUUUGAUGUUUCUCCAAAAACACCAAAACAGAAAACUUUUGACACUGAGAAGAAAAUUGAAAAGAAGGCUGUGAAAGAGGCAAAACAAGAGAAGUUCAUGGCAACUGAGACUAGAAAAGCAUCUGCACCAAAGCUUGUUAAAAAAAUGGAGCCUAUACCAUUACCUUAUAAAAGUGAAGCAGAGGUAACAGUAGCAGUAGAAUCUGUUGUAGAACAAAUACAACCAGUAGAGAAGCCAAAGCUUGUUGCUGAAGUUAAAGUUCCAGACAUAGAACCACUGAAGUCAACAGGCUUAGUUAAAAUGGCUGUAUCAAAACAGGAAAGGGAGAAGGAAGAAUUAGAUCUAAAACCUUUUCCAUUUCAACCAGAGCCUGAGAAACCAAAAAAGCCUAGAGGUGACCCUCCACCCCAGCCUAGUAAAUUUGUAAAGGGAGAGUUCCGUGAAAGUGAUUAUGAUAGUGACUAUGAAGGACGUAUUCAGGCAAAGUGGAAACCAGCAGAUAGUGAUGCUGAAGAUCAAACAUACAGCAAAGUUAAGUUGAGUGUCAAAACUCAAAGGGAGUCUCAGCCCAAGAAACGCACACCAACUCCCCCUACAGUUUUUGAUAAACCACCUCAGUUUGAAGGUCCUCCUCGCCCAAAAGUUGACUUUCCAGAAUCUGAAACAGAACCUGAGAGGGAGAUUUCUCCUGAAAUAGUUCUUCCUGAAAAAAUUGAAAUGGUAGCUCCAGUUGAAGUCCCAAAGAUUACGCCAAAGAAGCCAAAAAUUUUCAAGUCACAACCAAAGCCACAGCCACCACCAAGAUCACCUUCUCCUGUUUUACAUCCAGGAACUCCUCCAGAAGAAGCUUACAUAGAGCCACCCACUCAGGCUACACCCUUUUCUAAUGCUAUAGGCGUAGAGUCAACAAAAAUAACAAAAAUAGCCGAUUCAAGUCAAUAUCAUAAAAGAUUUGUGAGCAUGCAACAAACAACAAGAGUCAUAAAAUUUACUGACAGUAGAACCACUGCAACAGCUACUGAUACACAACAGCAACCAAAGACUGAACCUAAAUCUAAGCCUAUUCAGGAAGUAAGAAAAAAGGAAAUUGAAAAUCUUGAACAGUUUCCAUAUACUCCAGAGCCUGAGAGAUCUAAAAAGGAUAGAGGUCACCCACCACCGCAGCCUGUAAAGUUCCAGAAAGGAGACUUUACUGGAAGUGAUUAUGAAAGUGAUUUUGAAGGCCGCAUUAAACCUAAAUGGCAACCACCAGACAGUGAUGCAGAGGAUCCAAGCUAUAACAAAGUUAAACCAAAGUUGCGGUCUGACAGAACACCUUCAAAGACUAGAGAGAGGACUCCAACACCCCCUACUGUUUUUGAUAUUCCUCCUGAGAGUGAUGGACCUUGGAGACCCGUUAUUGAAACAACUGAAGUAAUAAUGCCAGAAGCUCCAAUGGAAAUUGUAAUUCCUAAAGUUGAAAUGCAUAAGAAAGUCAUUGUACAUAAACAAGAAAAAGUAGCUCUACAGCCAGAGAAAGCAGAAUCUCCACCCCUUCCACCUCCUGGCUCUCCUCCCAUAGAAGGUGUCAUUGUGCAAGAAAUGCAAUAUGUUGUUGACAGAGUUAAUGUCAAAUCAAAAGUCAAACCUCCUACAAUGAUGGAAGUUCAGUCUUAUGAGGACAAACCCUACACAAAGGUAACUGAAAGAACAGAAAAAACAUUCACUAAGCUGAAAAUGGAGGAAGAAUUGCAUAUGAGAAAAGAGAAAAUGGAAACUAUUAAAACAACCAUGACUGAGUUUGAAGAUGCUCCAGAGCGACCACCAUCUCCAGUAGAGCUGGAACUCAAGGUUGUGGAAGUUGAAAAGUUUCCCAAUUUAGAGCCAUUUCCAUUUGAACCAGAUAAACCAAAACCAAGACGCGAAAGAGGUCCUCCUCCACCAAAACCAAGUAAAUUUGUCAAAGGUGAAUUUAGGGAGAGUGAUUACGACAGUGAUUAUGAAGGCAGGGUUAAACCCAAAUGGAAGCCAGCUGAUAGUGACAUGGAAGAUCCUGAAUACACACCUGUCCGACCUCCCCCACCAACCACAAAACAGGUAUCAAUAGAGCAUGAGAGAACACCAACACCUCCAACAAAGUUUGAUACUCCUCCACCUUCAGGUGGACCUUUGCGUCCUACAAUAGAUCGUAUUCAGCAGCCAGUUUUGGUUCCAAGAGAAGUAUCUCCAGAAAUAAUUAUACCUAAAGUAAACCCUACUGUAAGUAAAUCUCCAAAAAUCAAACCGAAAGCACCAUCAAUUAAGCCAAAAGAGCCAGAGCUAGUAAAACCAAGAGAACCAACACCUCCCCUUCCAGAGCCAGGUCCACAACCAGAGAUUGGUUUUAUACAUGGAAAACCGUUAGUACAGGAAGAAGAAGAAGAUGCUCAUAUUAGGAUGAUAAAGAAAACAAUUGAAUCGAAAAAGGCUUUUGAAAUUGAUAUUGAUAUUACAGACAUAUAUGACUUUGUUUCUGAAUCUGACCAUGAUAAAACAGACACAGAAAGUAGUUCAAAGAAACCAUUUCCAAAACUGGAACCAUUCCCUUAUGAACCAGAGCCAGCUAAACCAAAGCGACAAAGAGGUCCUCCUCCACCUCACCCAAAGAAAUUUCUUAAGGGUGAGUUUAGAGGAAGUGAUUAUGAAAGUGACUAUGAUUCUCCUAUUGCUCCAAAAUGGCUGCCACCAGACAGUGAAGGGGAAGAGUAUGUUUACAGGAAGGUUGCUCCACCAGCUGGUGAAAUAGGGAGACAGCGUAGUGAAUCUACUGGAAGGGAUCCGUCACCACCUUCUAAAUUUGAUCAUCCACCUCAGUUUGAAGGUCCACCUCGUCCUGUAAUGGACCUUUCAGAUUUACCAAGAAGAGAACGAAGGGAAUCCCUUGAAGAAUAUUCAAUUCCACGCUUCCCGAAGGUUGAAUUUAAGCCAUUUGAUUUAGAGGAUGAUGUAGUUGGGGGUCGAACCAGGGGAGGGAUUACAACUGACACAGAAACAGAACCUGAAACUCAUGCUAGGAUAAGCUCACCAACCAAAGGAGGCAUUGACAAGAAAUAUGCCAAGACUGCUCAGAAGGUGGUUAGUCAUCAGUUUGAGGAUAUGACACAAACAUUCCGUCACAAGGCCCAGAAAUUUGCUGAGCAGCUAGUGACUGAGGUAUUUGCUGCCAGGGAGGGUUCAGUUCCUGCUGAACCUGCCGGUGAACCCCCAUCUCUACCUGAGGAGCUGAAAAGAUGCUCUGUCUCACCAGACUCCACUGCUGCACCUCCAGCUGCUACAGUUGCAGAAGAGCUUAAAUCACCAACACUUCAGGAACCUCAGGCUUAUAGAGAUGAAUCCAGGGUAUCUGAAUUCGGCACGAAGCAUAUUGAUCCGGACACAGGUCUGAUCUACUUCAAAUAUGACUUUGGAUAUGAAUUUGGAGUAAUCCUUCCUGGAGAAGCCAAGAAGGUAGAAAAAAAGAAAAAAGUAAAUGGAGAUGUUAAUGGGGAGAUACCAAUCCCAGUUAUCCAUGAGAAGACAGAUACACCUCAGACUAAAGGAAGUGCCAAAACAAAUGGCCAUAUUCAUCCUUCUGAUUCUGGAGUCACACAGAAACCAUCGUCAUCUGAUGCUACUGAGCAGAAACCUUCUCCCAAGAGCCUGUUGUCAAACCAAGAUCCAGCACCUGAGCAGAUCACCUCUCCUCAACCAUCACUGCAAUCUGACAUCUCAGAAACAGACCGUGAGUAUCAGCAGUAUAUGGGGAAGAUGAUUCCUGAGUUUGUUCCCAAGAAGCAAGCGCAGUUCCGUCCAAUUUCUGGUGAUCCUUAUUCAGAUAGUGAGGGUGAGGCAGAACAACCUAGUCCAACCAAGACCCAUGAGGCAAGCCCAAGCAGCUUUGUGGGCCCAAAGAGGUUUGUGCCUCUUGUACCCGGUGCAACUGUCCAGCCCAAGUCUUUGUCUUUAGAAGGGACGCCAACUGAUGCUCUCUACACCACAACAGAGUUGGGAGUGCUUGGGUCACCUCCCCUCAGUGCCACACCCCCUUCCACGCCAUCUACCCCUCGUUCUGGUCCUCUUACCCAGCCAACACGACCGCCACUAUACAUAACGCCUCUUCGCGAUCUGACUGUGGCGGCGGGAGAGGCAGUAAAGCUGGAAUGCGUUGUUCAAGCAGAUCCUCCCGUCCAAGUGACAUGGUCCAAGGGGGACGUCAUCCUCCAGAACGGGCCUCAUUACCAGAUAGUCUACAGAAACGGUGUUUGUAGACUCAUCAUCCCUCAGGUCUUUCCAGAGGAUGAUGGAGUAUACACUUGUACAGCUGUGAAUCUCCUAGGGAUGGCGACUACUGAUGCUGCCAUCUGUGUCACAGGUGAGAAGGAGUAAAACAUUGGGAAAAAUCGUAGAAUCUACUUCCCUUCUGCUACUACUGCUGCUGGUUCCUCUGCUGCUGGGGGCUACUACUACUACUACUACUACUACUACUACUGCUACUGAUAUAACUGAUUUACGGCCUAAUGUUUGAUUUGGGUGGUGGUGGUGGUCACAAAUGUACAGAAUAGCUGUUGAAUUAACGACCCUUUUUACUUCCUCGUUGGUCCACGGAUGGAUAACAAAAAAAUCGCAAAAAUAGGAAAAAAUCGUACUCUUUUUCAGCCUUUCAUGUAGACGACACAUAUAAAAUGGUAUCUUUUUUUUUUUACCUCUUCAAGAAAUUUUGAUGUGUCUUGCACAAAACUAAACUAAUGUUGCAAAAUAUAGUCGUUAACUGUUUGGGAAGGGAAUGCAUACGUAGAUCAUAUUAGAGAAGCGAGAUAUUAUGCUAAACAUCGAACCGUAGGAAGCUGUUUCUAUUUCAACGAAGGCCACAAAUUCACUGCCAUGUUUGUAAGGUUACUCAUACAGUAAAGAUUUUCGGACGGAGAAUAUUUUACAUAUCUUUUUUAAACAUGCUUCCUGAUGUCACCAUCAUAGAUAGAUACCUCUUUUAUGAAAAGAGGACUUUCCAAGGUGAAUUGAUACUUAACGGUUUCAAGGACCACUUAGAAAUAUGCAGUAUUAAGAACCCCUUUCCAUAACUAUGCCUCUAGUCAAAGGUUUAAGAUGGUACGAAAAACCCAUUCAUCCCCUCCAAUGACGUUUGGAAAUCCUCCUAAUAUAAGAGAAUUUAAAGAAUUUAUAUAUAGAUAUAUAUUUAUAGAACUGUGAUCUUCUUUUUGACCUGGUUUUAAACAAUGGUAGAAUUUCUUUAUUCAGUGUAGCUUUAACUGGAUUUAGCUUUUUUCUUUCUCUCUGAACUGUAGCCACCCAUCUUCGAUUUGCAAAGUGUUUUAUGGUAAUUACGCUUUUGAUUUUUUAUUUACUAUAUACUCGAAGCCAACUCGUUCCUAAGAGUCAUGACACUUAAUGAUAGCUUUUCCUUUUGUCUUCCACAUGACGUUCGAGACUGAAGUGCCUUUAUAUAGUGAAACUGCCUCCCAUUCCUUAGGUGUCUUGUGAAGAAGGAGAUUCUUCAAAACCUCGAGAUUUACUUCUCGUUCUUCUCUCUUUUACUUUUCCUCUUACUAACCCAUUUUAACUCUCUUCGUCUCUCUUUCUGGUCCUAUAUUUUUUAAAGAAGUCUGUCCCUUCUCUCAUAGACGGUGCUUUUUUUUCUACCUGUUUUGUUAUUCACAGUAAAUGUAGUACUGUAUCGUGAAUUUUGGACUCCACAAAACGUAUUAAGUUGAUUCUAGGCUGUGUCAAUUGCAUGUGUAAUUGUAUGAGAGAAAGUAUUUUGUUGCUAAGAAAAUAUCUACAUUAUAUGUACACGUUUUGUACUGACAUAAUGUAAGGUCUUUUCUCUUGUGAUGUUGGGUAUCAUGCCUGCAAGAGAUCUCUUGAGGAGAUAGGACUUAGUGAAAAUUCAGUUUGGUCAAGUGUUUGGGCCUCUGAAGGCAAGUGUAACUCUGUGUUUUUGGCAGUUUUCAAGUUCAGCCUCUCCCGGGCAUGAUGCUCACGUCGAUUUGUUUCAACUUUUGCUGUACAUAUGCAAAUGAGAUUCUAUUGAUUUUGAAAUUAAGGACUAGACUCCUUUGCUCUGGUGUCAUUUUGUUAUAUCGACGGUGAAUUGAAUCACCGAAGUGUUAUUUUGAAUGUAAGAACUUCCUUAUAGUAUUGUGAAUAGGAGAAACCGUAACUUUUUAUACAGUUCUCAAGAGAACAUUGUUGUUAACAUACCCCUGAGGAAAAAAUAGAUAGACCUCACGACAGGUUCCACCAAUCUAUUUCUUUUAUACACAUGACUCAGUUUCUCCUCCUAAAAUAUUAGAUAUAUUUUAUAUGCAGGGUUUUGUCAUAAUGUUCCCUUCUCUCUAUCUGUGCCAAGAUUAUCUUUGGAAUGUAAUGAUCGUGUUCAAGUUUUGUUCACUUUUAAGUGACAGUUUCUCAUCCGUUUGAUGUUUCCAGUUUGUGUAAUGAGAAUCCAACAUAGCACUUUUUCUCUCUGUCUCUUUAUCUCUGUCUCUUUUUCUGUCUGAAGAACAUGUUCAUGUGACCUGUUCCUUUAUAGUUUGUUCAGUCAAUUUUGCCGUUGUUCUAUGCUCAUAGUCUCAACUUGUCUCGCUGCCUCCUCCUGCGGAUGGCUUGGUUCAAUAAAACUGUCGAAAUGGA